CCAAACCCUAACCCUAAUUUAACCCCAACUCCAAAUCCAAACCCAGACCCAAACCUUCUUCCCCCGCUCGAUCGAUCCAAUCCGUCGAGGAGAGAGAGAGAGAGAGAGGGAGAGGGAGAGAGAGAGCGCUUUCGGGUAGAAAAGGAGAUGUCCCACGUCAAAGCAGAGCUGCAGCACGCCGUCUCCGAAGACGAAGAUUUCGACGACGAGAGCGACAGCGAAGACGGCGACGAUGGUGCCGAAGGCGGGGACGCUCUUGCGAAUCAGCCUCAGAAAACUCCUCCAGCAGAUGAACCCAACGCCUCUGCGAUGCCCGUUGACGCUCCAGACCCUAUUCGCAGUGUCGAUCCUACCGUUGCUCCCCGUAACGGUGCGAUACCUAUCCAAGUCGUCUCCUUCCCCGCCGUAACCUCCGAUGCUGCCUUGUUUACGGCCUCGACAUCUGUCCCCGUCCCCGUCUCCACGGCUGACUUCAGCAGGCCUCUAACAGUCGUUACCUACGAUGAGUCCCGCCGGCUUUUUCAGCGGCUUUGGACCGACGAGGAGGAGAUCAAAAUCCUGCAGGGUUUCCUCCAGUUCACCUCCAAGCGGGGAACCACGUUUGCCUCUCACCAGUAUGAUACCGGCCCCUUCUACGAGGAGAUCAAGAAGGAGCUCCGUUUCGAUUUCACCAAGAACCAGCUUAUCGAGAAACUUCGCCGGCUGAAGAAGAAAUACCGGAAUUGCGUCAGCCGGAUGCGAUCCGCAGGGAAAGACUUCGCCUUUAGAAGUGUUCAUGAGCGGGCAAUCUAUGAUAUCGCCCGCAACAUCUGGAGUGUCAACGCAAAGAGGACGCAAGAGAGCGAUGACGAAGACCUUAAUAACCCUAAUAACACCGUUUCCAAUGAGAUAUAUACGGUUCCCAUCAAUCAGGGCUCUUUCGGUUAUGAUAGUAUGACGAGAUCCAGAAAGCGCAGGAGAGGGAGAACGCUAGAAGAAGAAGCUGGGACUGCUGUGGCACCAGUAGUGGGAGCCGUCUCAGAGAAUGCCACUCCAGUAAACCCGGUAGCUGCAUCCGUGGUUUCAUCAGCUGCUACGCCGACUCCGAGCGCCAUUGAGGCGACUGUGAAAAGUUGUCUUUCACCAUUGUUUAAGGAGCUGAUCAAUUCUUCCAUUGGAGGACCAUUUUCUCCAGGUUUUGGUGGGACAUUGCCAUUGAACCUGCUGCCUAUGAGCCUUGGAGGUAGUUCUUUGGUGGGCUCAGGGGCGCCUGUGGAUGACCAAUGGCGAAGGCAGCAGAUUCUGGAGCUGGAGGUUUACUUGAAGCGGAUUGAGCUCGUAACAGACCAUGUCAAAUCAAUGUUGGAGGAGCUCAAGUCUGUAUCCAGCUGAUUACAGGGGGCUUUUGGACUUACUAUGCUUUCACCCUUGCAAUAAAUUCUACCUUUUGGUGUCUCCCACCUUCUGAACAUUCAGAAGAGGAAAUGCCCGACAUGGAAGCUAGCAUCACUACUGGAAGUCUCUUGACUCCUGCACUAGGGUGCAUGUUAUUUAUGCCUUGAAUAGUUUUCUUGGAAAUGCUUCUAAUUGCUGCUCAAUCAUAUUUUCAUAGUAGAUUUUGGUAUUUUUCACCCAGAAUUUAUGAUAGGACAAUGACAAGAUUUCACUUUUCUAGGUUGUUAUUAUAUACUUAAUCAUGGUUGGUAUGACUUCAGAAAGACGUUGUGGAAAGUGUUGACUGUUUAGAAUGUCAGUUUCACAUGGAGCUAAAGUUCUGAUUCUCUGUUAUCUUUGGAAGUGUAAGCUUAUUUUGAAAGUGUAAGAUGAUAAUACAAUGUAAAAUAUGACAGACCUAAAGUGUUCACUGAUGCUGCUAGAUUUUGUUGAUGUUAUGGAACAUUUUUCCCCCAGAUUUGAACACUCUCUUUGAAGGUCUCACUGCAUAAUAUGUUGACAAUUAGCAUUAUUGUAUAGGUUAUGAAUUUUAAAAUUCUAGAAGAGUUGGUUUGGUAUUGUAAUAUUAUAACAUUUCUGUACAUAAGAUGGUUAUCUUCUGGAUGCAUUUUCCUUUUCACUUCUUGUUCAUAAGAUUGUGAGCCUAAAAAGGAACUGUAAGCACAAUAUUUGAAACAAAAUCUGGUAGCACAGCUCCAAAUUUUUGAGCUUUUUGUUCUAAUGAGUUUGCACUGAGUUUGAUGUCACUGCUGAUUCUUUUCUCUUUUGAAUCAAGGUAUCUAAUCUUCCCUGCAGUUUUAUGUAUUUUGUUCUUAGUGAAGGCUUUGAAUGUUAUCAGUGAUGAUCCUAUUCCUUCUGGUCAAUCGUUUUAAUAGCUUAAAAUUUUAAGACAUCAUUUUUUUAACUGUCACCAUAUGAAAAUUGUACCAUUACAGCUUUGAAUUUGCAGAUUUAUCUUUGGGAUAGCAUAAAUACUUGUAGGGGUUCUUACAGAGUUCAGUUUUUGCUUCUUACUCUUGAAUCAUGAUUUUAUACAUCGGUAUGUCCAUAUUGUUGGAAAAGAGAACCCAGAGACCUGUUUGCAAAAUUUAGUAUUUGAAAACAGUGUGCUAGCAUUUUGGUAGAUUCUAUUUAUCUAAAGUAUUUACAAGCAGAUUAGUACCAUUGAUCUUGUGUCUGUUUCAUUUGCCAAAAUUUAAUUUGCACUGAUGUCGACAAUAGAGAAGUAAAGGCUAAUGGAAUAUUAGGGAUAUGAUAACUAGAGGAGAGUCAUAUGCUAGUUUCUUCCCAGUAGCAUUGUAUUAUAGAAUAUUUAUUAAAUUUUUUAGUUGGAUUGCAUAAUGUUAUAAACUAUUUCUGAAGUCUUAUCCAUGGCAUAAA